AUGAGCACUCUUGCUAUUCAGGGCUUGGAAACUCACCUCCAGGACCUUGGACUGGAGGUUCCCAUCCCAGCGUUUCCCACCGCGAAUAUUAUAAGCAAUCCAGUCGACCUGUAUCGAUGCUAUGUUGCUGAGGUCGUGAAACAAGUUGUCAACUGCAACGAGGACAUUGCGUACAAUUCCAUCCAACGAACACAAGUGUUGGCACAUGGCGACGUGGUGCUGGUUGUUGCGCGCCUCCGUCUCAAGGGAGUCAACAUCGACCAGGUUGCCGUUGACUUAUCAAACAAGCUGUGUACUAUUUCUCUCAUCUCCAGCCCCGUCCCUAAGGGUGUUUUCAUUCCAAUCUUUUUCAAUGAGACAAGCCUACCCCGCCUGAUUUUGUCGUACAUCUUCGAUCGCCGACAAUUGUAUGGUCACGGUAAUCUUGCUGGUCUGAAAAAUCCCAAGAAUGAAGCAGCUGGCCGAAAGAAAGUAAUUGUGGAGUUUUCCUCGCCCAACAUCGCCAAAGAGUUCCAUGCAGGGCACCAACGCAGUACCAUUAUUGGUGCUUACAUUUCAAAUCUCUACAAGAGUAUGGGCUGGGACGUUCUUAAGAUAAACUAUCUCGGUGAUUGGGGAAAGCAGUUCGGCUUGCUUGCAGUGGGUUGGCAGAAAUUUGGCUCUGAAGAACUGUUUCAAAAAGAACCGCUGAAGCAUUUACUCGAUGUCUAUGUAAAGAUCAAUACUUUGUUUAAAUCAGAGCAGGAAGCUAGCAAGAGUGCCAGAAACAGUGGUCGGGACACCUUGGAAAUAGAGAACAGAGGGCUUUAUGCUGAGCGGAAUGCCUUCUUCAAAAGAAUGGAAGAUAGAGAUCCAGAAGCACUCAGCUUAUGGAAGCGAUUUCGCGACAUUAGUAUCGAGCGUUACAUCUCUACGUAUGCACGAUUGAACAUAUCCUUUGAUGAGUACUCUGGGGAAUCGACCGUGCGGCCAGAAACAAUCGAGAAGGUCGAAAAUAUGCUGAAGGGCAGAGGUAUUUACGAAGAAAAUGAGGGGUCAUGGGUCAUUAAUUUCGAGAAACAUGGCGCACGCAAGCUCGGUACUGCCGUUGUCCGGAACCGAGGUGGAACGACGACCUAUCUUCUUCGCGACGUCGCCGCUGUUUUGGAGCGCGUGGAAAAGUACGAAUUUGACAAAAUGAUAUAUGUCGUUUCCGCCGAACAGGACUCGUACUUUCAGCGGGUCUUCAAAACUGUCGAGAUUAUGGGCUAUCCUGAUAUUGCAGCUAAACUUGUUCAUAUCAAUUUCGGGAAAGUUCAAGGAAUGUCAUCAAGGCUCGGGACAGUGAAGCUUCUGAGCGAUAUACUGGAUGAAUGCGGGAGCGCCAUGCACGAGGUUAUGCGUUCUAACGAAGCGAAGUACGCUCAAGUGGCGGACCCAGAAGCUGUGGCAGACGUCGUUGGUAUCACGGCAAUUAUGGCCCAGGACAUGAGUGGGAAAAGGAUCAACAAUUACCCUUUUGACAUUACCAGAAUGACUUCAUUUGAAGGCGAUACGGGCCCUUACCUCCAAUACUCCCACGCAAGGCUCUGCUCUAUCAUGCGAAAAGCAAAUCUAACAGCGGACCAAGUCGCGAAGGCUGAUUUUUCCUUGUUAAAGGAACCCCAUGCCAUCGAUAUACUUCGUCUCAUGGCCCAAUACCCAGACAUGACGACCCAGGCGUUCAAAACUCUGGAACCAACCACCAUACUCACCUAUCUCUUCAGGCUUACGCACCAGGUGUCUUCUGCCUACGAUGUGAUCAAGGUUUUGGGGACCGACGAGGGUCCCGAAGUUAUGCUGGCGAGGUCCGCGCUGUACGAAGGGGCCCGUCAGGUACUUGAGAAUGGCAUGCGAUUGCUUGGGUUUACACCAGUAGCAAGUAGGAUGUGA